AUGAGGGAUAAUAAACCAAGUAGUAUUCACAGUACGAGCACCAUAAGGAGAGCGCAUAAGUCGAAUGUGAGUCCAUCAUUCCAACAUAGAAGUAUCAAAAGCACCUUUUCACCAACAUCACUCAAGCCUCAAAUUUAUAAAGAUACUGAAACUCGUGAACCAUCCAAAUAUACCCAAAUCUUCGCCCACGAACAGCAGAUACUCAAAAACAAGAAGUCAAGAUUGGAUAUGCUAGAUAACUCACAACUAACGUCAUUCCCAUUGGCACCACCUCCAUCAUCUGAAAAAGUGACUGAAAGCUUAAAAAGUCCUGAAAUUAAUGCACAAGAGAUCCCAAGCAGUCGACCAGACUCACAACUUUUUGAAAUAGAUCCAAUAGUUUUAGUUGAAGAUUAUAUAAAGGCAAAAGAGUUGGGAAGAAGAAAAUUAUCUGUUGUUGAUUUGAAAACAUCGCUAAAGACAUAUGAAUCGAUGAAUCCAGCUGACUUACCAGAAGGUCCUAAUUAUUUAACAAAAGCCAAAUCUAUACUUUCAGAAACCAUCAGUUCACAUCAAUCACAGCUUGGUACAUCACAAACAAGCUCACUACUUCUCACCAAAUGCUCGGCUGAAGAAGAAGGAAGCAUUGCAACAACUGAUUUUUAUAGUGCAAAAACUUCACAAACAUUAUCGUCGGCAUGCUCAAUUCAUACAAACAUUUCAAAUGCUCCAACUUUAAAAUUGACUGAUUCUCAUGAUAUGACACUGGGUGAAUUCACCAUGCCUUCAGCUUCUUCGUCAUUGAAAUAUUGUGUCAUUUGUGAAACUCCGUUAUAUGAACUGAGUAGCUUGUUAACCCAGGAUUCUCAAUUCACAGAAUUUGUUUGCUCAAAUUGUACAGAAAGGUAUGAGAUGCUUUCAAAUUUGAUUGAUAAUUUUGACCACUCAAUCUCAGAACUACGAGCUAUACCCGAAGAUGCUUCAAUUGAUGAUAUUGAAGAAUUAUUAAAUCAACCUGCAAAUAAAAAAUCCAGAAAUAAUGAUCUACAUGGAUUUUCAUCAACACUGGUUAGCAAAUUACAAAACCAGUUAGAGUAUAAAGGCACCACACAAAGGCAACAGAUUGACCAAAAAUCUGCAAUUUGGUUACUCGAAGCAAAGAAAAAAUUGAGAUGGAGAUGGAGAAUAAGUGGAUUGAUUCCUCAAUUUUUGAAAAGGUAA